GAACAUCAAUUGUGUACCUUCGCUCCUCCAACACAACCUCAAACCCAGCAACGACCUCAUCAAGUCCGAUGGAUUUUCCUAUGGAAAGAAAACACAUUCAACUCACCUCCUCUGGCCGUUUGCACAUUCAUACGAUGGAUCCAUACCUCGGCGUUGGCAGAAUGGGCAGACAGAUAUAUCUCGUUACUCCUCUCACCAGAAAUCAGACCACUUGUUGCAUGUAAGUAGAGACGCAGAGAAACAGGUGAGGACUAUAGAAGGUAGGAAUUGGGAAGCACAUGUCUGUGUUCUGGAUAUAAGAACAAAGCUACACCAUUUUCGAGAGUGCUAAACCAUAGUCAACUCUUCUCGCUACAUCAUCCAUCAAACAAAGAUUGAAGCACCAACGGCAACCACUAUCAUCACGGCAAUCAAUCCAAACAUCGAAAAGCCACAUACCAUCCCGCGAACUACGACGAGAGCCUAAAAUGAUAUUAUUUGAGACCGAUGCCUCAGUUUUUGAACUGUUGUGGGAUCUCGCCCUCGCGUUCUUUAUUGUUCGCAUCGCAUUUUCAUAUUUUAUCCUCACAUAUCUCUCGUCUCUCUUCUCAUCGUUCAUUAUUUCGAACCGAGUCAUGCCAUACAACCAUCUGACCGCUCCAGCCAGAGAACUUAUCGCAUUUCCAAUUUAUGUUCUUACAGCAGCAUUGUGGGCAAGAACGGUGAUUGUAUACUAUGAAAUACCACGCGUGCCAGGAUUUAGAAUCGCGAUUGGUUCGAUCGCUGGAUUCUUUAUGGUAAUUGCGGAAUUAGUGGGGGGCUUUGUGUUAUGGGAAGGGGGAUACAAGGAAUGGAUAUGGGAGACGAAUUUGCUUGGCGCGGGGUUAGGAAUAUUGUCAUUGAUAGUAUUCGAGGGGAUGCCAUGCGUAUUGAUGCUUCUGGAAAGGAGUGAGGUGAACGAGACCACUCAUGGGCAUGGAGAAAAGCCAAUUAUAAGUGCUGUGCCCACGAUAGGAAAAAUGAAGAAACUGAACAUUGAAGACAAAAAGACGAAUUGAGAUUGGGGCUUAUGGCUUAUGGCUUAUAGCUGUACUCCGGAACACCCUGAUGGGGGUAUGAUAUUACGAAUUAGCUUUCACUUGGUGAUGAUCAACUCAAAUUGGGCCUGGACUUUGUCUCUGCAAUCAUUUUCAGCAUGCCUCGCAGCAGAAUCGUCCAUCGUCUUCAUGCGAAAUAUAAGGGUUUGAUUCUCGAGUCAUGUAUGAAUGCUGUGGUGGAAAUAUCUGAUCAAAUGCCAGCAUUAUGACGUCCCUGCUUCUUUCGGCGACAAAGUUUCCCCUAUCAGGAUCAUUACUGUUGUCAUAUUUGGCCACAAAGCCGGCGUCAAAUGACUCGAGGAUCACUGUAUCGUUGCAUGGGUUUUAUUCAUUACGCCGCCUCGGAGAGUCAGAAUCCAUUGAGACUUGAGUUACCUCGGUUUCUGACCUGGUGAAAACGUGCCCCUGAGACGUCGAUCUCACUUUUAGUAGAUCUUCCAUUUCUUCUGUAAUGGCAUACUGGAUCUGUUAUCUAUCUUCUGGGUUACGCAUUCUAUAUCUCUUGCAGCGCACAAUAAGGAGAAGAUUUUCUGUAUAGUGUCUCGGCUAUAGGUGAUCUCGGUGUGGCCGGAAAAGAGGGGCACUUCACCCCACCAACAUCAAAGAAUCUUCCACAACACCUGUUUUUCGGUGCUAUAUUACGAUAGCAAUCUGCUAUAUGAUCUGAUAAGAUUGAGUUUCUUGGUUAAUUCUCAACUUGCAUAUGUUUACAUCCAAAUUUCAAAGACGGAUAUUGAUUUGUUGAUUAUUUGUUGGAUUUUUAAUAAAAAACAAGUUUGAUUUUGGUGUCCCAUUUAUCUCGUCCACGUCGUCCACACCGAGGCGACGUGCUUGCGAGAGUAGGGUACUGGGUGUCCAUUGCUUCAAUACCCCUGCAAUAUCUCUCGAUUUCAAUAUGACGGUGUCGAUGAUCUUCAAUGAAAAGUUAGAUGGAUUCGGCUUGAGUUCGGUCCCAUAAGUUAUGCUCCAAAAUGACGAUGAUCAUAAUUCAGUGAAGUGGAUAUCCCCGCAUUGCACAUUGAUAAUUUUUCUGUACAUUGUUGCCGCGAUGGCAUGUUCCUUGAAGCUUGAUCAUCUCUUUUGUGAUAUCCGAUAUGCUAAUAGUAUGUUAAAGACCGUUUGCUAGAUUCAGUGAAGAACAGCGCUUUUUAUAGUUGAUCAUAUAAAUCAAGUGUCUUAUUCAACUUUUCAACUUUUCAAUUAUCAAUCUUGAUUAAUAAUAAAUGAUUAGAAUGA